AUGCCUUCGAAACAGGAACGCAAAGGGGCCUACAUCGUAAAAGCCGGGCAACUCUUCGAUACCUACGACAAAAUUCUAGUCGUUGAGAUCGACAACGUUGGAUCGAAGCAACUUCAAGACGCCCGUCGAGAGCUUCGAGCACUCGACUCCGUCAUCUUAUGCGGCAAGAACACUGUGAUUCGGAAAACGCUGAAAGAUCGGGUCAGUCGGAAGCCUGCACUCGAGAAAGUGCUCCAUGCGUUACGAGGGAAUGUCAGCUUUGUUUUCACUCGUGGUGACCUUCGUGAAGUUCGAGACUGCAUCCUAAGAAACAAGGUGCCAGCGCCUGCGAAGGCGGGUCAGAUUGCUCAGUGCGAUGUGUUCGUGCCUGCCGGGCCGACAGGUAUGCCCCCAGACAUGACCUCAUUCUUCCAGGCUCUUUCGAUUCCAACGAAGAUAGAGCGCGGCUCGAUCUGCAUUGUGUCGGACGUGCAAGUGAUCAAGCAGAAUGAGCGGGUUAGUGCGUCAGCAGUUGCUCUGUUACAAAGAAUGGGCAUCGAGCCGUUCACCUACGGCAUGAAGAUUCGACAAAUUUAUGAAGAAGGCGCGAUGUAUGAACCCUCGGUUCUCGACAUAACUCCGGACGAUCUGCGGAACAAAGUCCGAGAAGCUGUCGACACCAUAGCGGCGAUUUCACUCGCAACAGGCUACCUGACCGCGCCGGCUGUUCCCCACUUGCUGGUGCGCGCCGCCAAGGACCUCGUUGCGGCGAGUAUCGCCGCCGACUACGACAUGCCGCAGUCGCGAUCGCUGCGAGAGCUCCUUUCAGAUCCGAGCAAACUGGAGGAAUUGGUCGCCGCCGCUAGUAUUGGUGCAGCUGGGGCAGCUGGCACGGCAUCUGCCGAGGACACUGCCGCCGCGUCCGGAGCGGCCGAAACGAAGGAGGCGGCAGAGGAGUCCGAUGAGGAUCUCGGCUUUGGUCUAUUCGACUAA